GUGAGGUGUUAGUGUGUGCUUUUUUACUCCACCAGAUGUUUGGUGACAGGGCGUUGCCGUGAUGGGUACAUUUUGUGAGAUUGACAUUGAAGACCUGGUGUUUUAUGAACGAUGUGGUGGCGGGACGUUUGGCAGCGUCUACCGAGCACUAUGGAAAUCCAUGGAAAAGGAGGUGGCUGUCAAGAAACUUCUCAUGCUUGAAAAGGAGGCCCAGGUUUUGAGUGUGUUGAGUCACCGUAACAUCAUACAGUUUUAUGGUGCUGUCACUGUGGAUCCCAAUUUCUGUCUAGUCACUGAGUAUGCUCCCAAUGGCUCUUUGUAUGCCUUUCUGAGGAAUCCCGAAAAUCAACUCGACUUCAAGCAAAUACUAAAAUGGGCGAAAGAAAUUGCUUUAGGAAUGAACUACCUGCACUGUGAGGCUCCCGUCAAAGUGAUUCAUCGAGAUCUCAAGUCUAAAAAUGUUGUCAUAUCUGAGGAUUGGUCUUGCAAGUUGUGUGAUUUUGGAGCCUCGAAGUUUAUCGGAAGUACAACCAAGAUGUCACUGGCUGGCACAUUUCCAUGGAUGGCUCCAGAGGUUAUUCAAAGUCAGCCUGUAUCAGAGUCUUGUGACCUGUGGUCAUAUGGUGUGGUUCUGUGGGAAUUGCUCACUCAUGAAAUUCCAUUCAAUGGAAUUGACGGCUUCCAAGUGGCUUGGCUUAUUGUGGAAAAAGGGGAGCGUUUGCUGAUUCCGAGCACGUGUCCCGCAGCGUUCAGCAAGAUGAUGAAUGACUGCUGGCUGAUGGAGCCCAAGAAGAGACCGGCCUUCAAACAGAUCCUGUCUCGCAUCGACCAGAUGUCACACGACGAAAGUCUUCCAGACCAGACAAAUUCAUUUCUUGAACAUCGAGAAAUAUGGAAGCAAGAGAUCCAAGCUACUCUGGAGAGACUGAAAAAGGCUGAGCGAAAUCUUGGGUUGAAGGAGAAAGAGCUGAGAGAGAGAGAACUUAAAAUCAAGGAAAGGGAGAGAACCCUGGAACAGCAAUUUAAAGUUGUGGUACUAGAUGAUCAUGAUGUCAACACAUGGAGAGAUGUUGACGUGUAUCAGUGGAUACUACAGCUUGGAAAUUCGGCUCAUAACAGCGACCUAACAUCUUAUGCAGAACUUUUUCUAAUUCACAAUAUUAAUGGUCGACGUCUGCUAAUGUUGACUCAGGAUGACCUCCGAGCUAUUGGAAUUACAAGUUUCGGUCACAUCCUUGAAUUACAUAAUGAAAUACGACUCCUGAAUGCUCAUAAUCAUAGAUUGCUCAAUUUCCCACCAUUAUCAAAAGAGCCGCUGUCUGUGGUGACGUCAUCAGGUCCUGAACACAAGACGGUGGACAUCACUCUCAUCUUCGGUCACCAUCUCCGCUCAGGACACAGUAUGGAGGAGCACAAGUGGAAGAUGUACCUGGAGAUUGACCAGGAUGAGGAGGAUGAUGACACCAGUGUCUUGACUCUCAUCAAGGAGGUGACCUUCUCCUGCAAGUCUCCUGCAUACGGCUCCUUCAAGCUGUCACAGCCUCCAUUCAUCAUGGAGAAGUGGUGUAUUGGAAUUGUGCCCAGCAUGACGGUGGAGUGUGUGGUGUCGUAUGAAUCUUGUGUGCUGAAACCAAAGAGUACAAGAUUUCUUUAUGAGGUGAACCCAACAAGUCCGUCCUCUGAGCAGAAGAUUGUGACCUUGACCUUGGAGCAGGUGAACGAAGAUUUGAGUUGUGCCACCAGUCCUGAUCUUGUUAGUCCUAUCCCACAAAGAGCUAGCUGUCCUGUUCUGAGAGGUGCCUGGAGUAACAAGGUUGCUGAGAGAUCUCUAAGAGUUAACAUACCAGAACCAAAGAAUCAGUCAACAGAAUGGUCGAGUGUUGUUUCAGGCAGAAAACUUUCUUUCUCCAAGCCCAUCCCGGGCACCAAUACUUCCCUCCUGCCUUUUCACCACCCCUCAGUACCAUCCCUGACCCACAGCCCGUCUGCAGCGAGUGUCUCCACAUCUGGUAGCAACCAGUCGGAGGUGCUGGAGGCGGUCACCAAGGACUUGUCAAACAUCACCCCCAGCGAUGAUGCCAGUCUGAGAGACAGAAAUGUUAAAGUUAAGUUUUCCCUUGGCGUGGACAAUUCAUCGUCAGGCUCCUGUCAGAGUACAGAGAGUGGAUUCAGUGAGCGGCAGCUCACUCCAAACACUCCCAGCACUCCCAACACUCCCAGCACUCCUGGCUCAUACGCAGACAUCUGUAGGAAAUGUCAGAGUCAGUUGAAGAGUCGAAGUCCCCAGACCCAUCAUAAUGAAGGCGGGUCGUGUUUCUCUACCCGGGGUAGGGGUCAAGGUAAGCAGAGCUAUGUCCACAAACAGCAGUCUCAAAGAACACCUAAUGUACGAGAGACUGAUUCAAGAUACAACAGACAGUAUCGUGAGACUGAUCAAAGAUACAACAGACAGUACCAUGACAGAAGAGGUAACGGUGGUAGUGAACCACAAAAGAUUCAGAACAAAAUGCUGUCGCCAAAUGAGGUUCCAUACCGCAGGAAUGUUAGCAGUGGGUCUAGUCCAAGAGGAACCUAUAAUGGAAGGAGAGGUGGUCACAGUCAGUGGAAUGGUGGAGAGUUGUCUGGAAAUCACGACUUUCAAAGAAGAAAGGGGGAUAAUUUUAGUCAUGGUGAGAGUCAAAGAACUGGUAGAAAUGUGGAUUAUCACCAAGAACAGAAGGUCAGUGAUGAUCAAGGAACUAAAGGAAAUAGGGAUUAUUACCAAGAUCCUAAGGUCAGUGGUUGUCAUGGGGAUGACAAUUACUCUGGCCGAAAGCCAACAAAACCAGAGAGCUGUAACCAUGACAACAGUUCUGAUGAUAAAGGAGGAGGGAAAAGGCAGCAGAGUGACAUUUCACCAGUAACGUCAUCAUCACCUUCUGAUGAAUGUGUCAAACUUGAAGAUCAGGUUAAGAAGUCUUCAGACAGGGAGAGUAAUAUGUCUGCACAGAAUUCUCCAAACUGGACCAUCAUCAGGAGGAGGAGGAAUCCAGACUCAGUUUGUGAAGACGAUGGUGAAGAUUCAACUCCGAGUAAAGCUAGGCAAACUGGUUAUUUUCAGAAAGAAGCUACUUACAGACAUAUUAACCAUGAUCAUUACACACAUCGAGAAUAUGGUCACAAGAACCAGUACCGUGGCAACACACACUAUCAAGCUGAGAGGGGCAGAGGUCGUGGGAGAGGGUUUAGGAGAGGUCACGGUCAGCAAACACAGAUGAUAUAACUUGGUAAAUGGCUCAAUUGUGAUCAUGUAAUGAAUGUGUAUUUCUGUAUGUCUCGAAAUCUUUAUGUUGAAUAUUAUAAUUAUAUAAUGUUUUUGUACCACAUAUUAUUGUAAAUAUAUCUUUCUGAUGAAUUCAGGUUUUAAUAUACCACUGGAAGUAUUUAUGGUAUGUCUGUAGAUAUGUGGUGAUUUUUUAAUUAAAUAUUAACCUAGUGAUAAAAUAAUGUGUUUAUAAAUACCUCAGAAUUUUAUAGAUAUAUGUUGUUUUAAAUAAUAUUAGCAAUUUUAAUCAUGUACAACUGAAAUUACAUUUUCUACUGCUGUCGAUUAUUUUCAUGUGUGAGUUGUGUUACCUGUAUAUAAAAAAAAGAGUUUAAUUUAACAUUUUACUUUAAAUUUUAAUUUUAUUAAAUUUACCAUAAAAUAUAUGUAGAUGUUUUAGAUACAUUCCCUUUAAAACCAAUUGUAAUGUAUCGUUAGAAUUCCAGAUUGAUUUUUGCUUGUGAUAUAUUGUCUGUUUUGUUCAAUUUAGAUGUACAUGUAUACAUCACUGAACAUAACCUAUUGUGUGCUGUUUUUAAAACAUCUUCAUCUAGAAAGCAGUAAUUUUGUUUCUGUACUAAAAAAAAAGGUAUUGUAAGGUAUUUCAAGUGCCAAAUGUUAGUUGGGUUGCUUGCUGUAUGAGUAUUGGUAUAUUUUAUGUGUUAUUCAAAUAAGAGGCACAAAUAUUUUGUUAUUUUUACUUUUAUUUUGUUGAUCUAAAAACAAUGAAUGUAAAUGCAUCUACCAGUUUUCAUCAAAUAAAACCAGACCGUAUAUAUAUUUUUAUGAUCCAUUAAAGGCUUUUGCAGAAGAUAUCGCUGGCACUAUAAUUUGCGAUAUCUCCUGUUAUAUUCUCCUAGAAGAUAUUGCUUAUUUUUGUUACGUCACUUUGUUUUCCACGCCAAACCUAUCAUUAGUGACAUUAACAAGUCUACCACUGCCAAAUACAAUGACAUUCAACCCACAUUACUGACAUUGUUUACAAUUGUUGCGAAUGGAAUAGGAUAAAAAGAAUACACCCACCAACCCACCCCCUGUGUCUUGUGAUAUCAUAAUUUACCAGCACUCAUUGAUAAAAGUAUAAAAAUCGUUGGCCUCAGAUUUCAUACUUUUAUCAACUCUUGCUGAUAAAUUAUGACAUCACAACACACUCAGUGAGUAUCUUCUAUAUAUACUAUAAUGAACAGUGGGAGAUUGAGGUGAAUUAUUUCCCCAGUAGAUGGCAUUACACAACCAUGUGGUCCCAUGAGACCGGAUCGAAGAACCAAAAAAUUAAUGACUUUCUAACAACUUUUGCAUAAGAGCUAUAAAUAAAGCCUUCAAUACCACGAGAGAGGGAAACAGUUUUCCAUUUGACAAGAUAUUGCAAAAAAGAGAGAUUAAUUGUUGCCAUUAGAAAUAGCAUAUAGCAUUUGAAAGCCAACCAACAUUGUUGUUUCGCAGACUGCAUAUUCCAGAAAUUUAUGUUACAUGUAAUUCGUACUGAAAUUUACUUUUCCUUUUUUCUUCCAUAGAUUCUGUAAGCACAUAGUAUAAGUAAUGCUAAAAUGAAGCUGGUCAAAACAUACACAAGCCGAAAUGUACUUCAUCAAAAUGUAUGCACUUUUGGUUUAAACAUACCUAUGCCAAAACAGACUGACCAAAAUAUACACAUAUUUUGGUCAAAAUGUGCUAUUUAAAUAUGCUUAAACCCAUUAACAUCGGUUCACAAUUAAUACUAUCUGAUAGUUAUUAAAACAUGAAUUUGAUUUCAGUUUGUUGGAUCAUUUUGCAGUAGCAAUGAAUGUCUUGCCAUUGUCGGUGAUGAUUCUCUUUGAUGAUUCCCUCUUCUCGCAAUUAACUGUCUUAGCUAUGUUUGAAUUCUCAACAAUUAAGUUAACAAUAAAGAUGUACAGCUCUCAAAAUAGCACACAUGAACAAAACAACGUAACAUUUGGCAAUCGCAUUCCUUUUUCACUUUGUUUUCAAUAGGUCCUGCAAAUUCUGCAUGCACUGUUUCAAUGUCGUCCUUCCUUUUGUUCAAAACCAUGGAAGAUGGUUGACAGAUGGAUUAGGCAUCGACUUUGUUCUGUAAUGUUUGCAAGUGUCAAUGAUGGAUUUCACUCAACGUCUUAAAAAUAUUUAUCCAGUAUUUGUGUCUCACUUUUGCCAUGGUCAUGCUGAUUCCUUCCUUCGUGUAAACUUUUAGCGAGAGCAUUCAUUGUAAUCAUAUUUGGAUGCUCCCCAGUGAUGUGCCUUCUGCAUCGAAAUAUUCCAUUUUUCAUCCUCUCCAAGCUGAAGUCACUUUGCAGUCAGAGGCAGAUUUAGGGGGAUCUCCAGGGGCCCGUCCCCCUAAAUUUUGCGACAGUUAUAAUUUUAUUAUAUAUUAAUUUUCAUUUUUUUUUACCAUCCCCUCCAAACCUCCCCCAAAGUUCCAUUGGCAUUCCGCCUCAUGUCAUUGGGGCCCCCUAAAUGGAUUUUCUGGAUCCGCCACUGGCAGGCAGUCUUAGUAUAUGUUUAAUCUAAAGUUGCAUCUUGUUGUGCAGAAUUUAUCCUAUGUUAUACUGACAUCCAAAAGAAUGUUUUACAAGGCUUGAAAUUGUAUUAUAGAAAACCAACAAACUGUACAGUGGGAUAUGAAAGUAUCAUGAAGUUCAGCAUCUAAACAUCACAAUGCACUUUUGUGAUACAUGCAAAGUGUUUGUUAGGUGAUUUCUAAAUUGGUUCUUUUCGAUUGGCAACAAUAUUUAUCAAAUUGUUCAAAUGUUGUGUAUGUAAAGUUUCUUUUGUACUUCAGUGUAGUUCAACAUUCUGAAUAUUUAGUAUUAUCAAUGUACUUGUACUUUUCACGUUUUGAACUUUCCAUAUUCCGAUUUGUCACUUGCACAGUACUGUGUUACAUAUCAUUUAAAACCACGUACAUUUUCACCAUAUUUGCACCUGAAGUUGCAAGAAGUGUCUAAUCCAUCACCAUUUCUGGGAGGUUUUUUGUGGGAUGGGGGAGGGGGGGUUAAAGGCAUACUGUCACAGACCUUAUUUCUCUAAAAAUUUAUAAUAAAUGAUAAUUACAUUAAUUUUUUAAAACCAA